AUGACUCGACGUUCAUUUGAUCUUGGUGUUGUAGAAGAUCAGUUCCAUGACCAGAUUAUCAAAUACACUGAUGACGAACCUUUUACAUUUGAAACUUGUACGGCAUUUGUGAAAUCAAUGUCUGGUCGUGGAAGACAAUUAAGCCAUCAAUUUGAUGAUUUUUCUAUCACCGAGACCCUCAAAGUUUUAGAUCUCAUUGAUAAUAAACGAGAGGCUCAUCCCGGUACAGCUUUAUGCGUUCUUUUUGAGAUCAAAGUGGCCUGCGAAGCGCUUAUAUCAAAGAAAAAAAGGACAGCAAUAUCGACAGCUCAACAACCCCAGGAUCCAAUAUCUAUUCCAAGCUCGCCCCCUGUACUGCCGACACAAAUCCGUUCUACUCGUACCACUCAGUUAUUGGAAGAGGCUGCAAUCCAUGAAGCGAGACGAGACCAAAUAUUGACAGCUGGUGAUUUCCAACGUCAGUUGAUGCAGAAAUAUCAAUGCAACGAUAGAAACUGUACGAAUUAUAACAACUUUUGCUUCCCUAAUCCUAUGGACAAUACUCAGCACUAUAAUAUCCUCGCUACUCAGCAUGAGCUUUGGGCCAAUCGGAUAGCUUCAGGUGGUGCAACCAUCGAGAAUCCACCAGAUGAGUUGAAGCAGUAUUGGACGAAAAAACAAGGUUCGAUAAACCGAGAUUCUCGACAACCUGUUAAAAAGAACAAUGCCCAGAUUAUGGAGCAAUUUAUGGAGAUGCAGACGAAGAUAUUGAUGGAACAGAUGGAAGCAAUGCAGGAAAAACAGGAACGUCGUGACGAGGAGAAAGAGCGUUGUCAUUUACUGCGAGAACAGCGCGAUUUAUUAACACAAAUACCUCAUCAAAUGGCUUAUUUAUUGCCUCAAAGAUCAACAACAAGCCUUUCUUUACUAUCAUUUAAAACUGAUAAAACUCCUGCACGAUUUGAGGCUAUUCCUACUACACCAACACCACGCCCGAGGUCAUCUAGUUCGAUAGAUUCAAAUGAGGACGAAUAUGACACGCUUGCCAAAUUUUUCACCUGGAAAAUCAACUCAAUCAAGAAUCAAGAUAGGAAGAAGAAAUGGGAAGAUGCUCAAUCAACCAUAUUUGCAAAUGACUGGUCCAUACGAGAGUUGAGGCAAAUGGAAGACGAUAAAACCCCGGCAUAUCAACGUGCAAUAAAGGCAGGUAUCUCAGACGGUCUGGCGAGAGGCUUCAAGAGAGAGUUACGCCAGUAUAGGCAGUUCGUACGCCGUGUCCACGACGAACAUGCUGCAGCCAUGGCUCUAGGUGCGUUAGGAGGUGGAAAUUCGACUAUAUGA